CCAUCCAUCCCCCAAGCCGCCGCCACUCCUCCUGUCUCUUCCUCCUCGGGUUCAUCCCCGAUCCAAAUCCCCUCCUCGCUUUCACCACCACACCAACCCGAGCCAAUCACCUCUCCUUCCACUUAGCCUCUCCAUCGGGAUCCAUCCCGUCCAACCAACGAGCCCCCUCCUCCUGCUUUGUUCCCCGAAGGGAUCGAGAGAGUUGCCGCCGCCUUGUCACCUCCCGCGCCUCUCGACCCCCGCCUCCUCUGCACGCAUCUCACCGGAGCAAGCUCACCCCGAUCCAGUCGCUGCCGGUGAACAGCGGCAGCAACCGAGGCCCGCUGCGUUUCCCCGCUAUUUCCUUCUCAUCCUUCCCCUUCCCCCUGUCUCUCCCUCACAUCUCUCUCUCUCUGCAGGAGACUGCCGUCGCGCCCUCUGCCAUGGAGCUCGCCUCCAUAGUCAGCACCGCCCGAGGGCCCCACCGUCCCCGACCUCCCCGCGGCCCACCUCACCUCAUCAUCCUCGUCUCCUCGCGACCGCGAGCCUGUCCUCGGACGCGCCUCCUCUGGUUCCCGAGGCCGAGUCGCCCCGUGCCCGCAACCCCGCGUCGACCUCCUGCCUCAUCUGCGUCGUCGGAGCCCCGAGGAGUUUGCGCCGUCCAUUCCUGCAUCCCGCUCGUCCCGGAGUUCCCUUCUUCGCCAGGACCACUGCCGCUGCUUCGCUCGAGCGACCGCAGCCUCGGGAGGAGCCCGAGAGCCUCCUCCUGCUCGACCCUGCUGCCUCGCUGCGGACCUCUUCCAGUGUGGACCUCGCCGGAGCUCCGCAAGUCGCCGAGCACAUCGCGCGCCGACCGUUCCGAGCUCCAAUCCGCGACUCCCCUUGCCGGAAUUGAACCCAGGCACCUCCCCGCGCUCAGUUCCGCCGUCCUCGACCGGUUCCUGCUCGCCCUCGCCCACACAAGUCCCUCGUCGCGCCGCCGUCGUCAAGUCCCUGCCGUGGCUCUACUUUCUGACGAGAACAGGGCGAGGUGCCCGCUCGCCUGUUCCUUCCCCGUUGACUUUUCAUCAAUGGAUUGCAGCGCCCAGGCCCAUCGCGCCAGCCUCCCUAGUUCACCGUCGAACUGGGCCCAAGGCCUCAAAGGCCCAUUGUUGGUUCUGAUAACAUCGUGAUUGUGAGGACUCGUUCGUCUACGUCCGUUUGUCUUCUUCAUUGACUCGUUCUUCUUCCUUGCGGGAUUUCAGCUUGCAGGUGUCGUGGAACCAUGCAUAUGACGCAACUAAGCUCAAGGAGGAGCUCGAUGAAGAUCUUGUCCUUUAUGUUGUUCUGCUUCCAGUUGAUCAGUAGUGGAGCCCAGUUGGGGUCGAUCGGGGACCUUGUCGCAUUUGGGGUUCUUCUUUUAUUUUGGUUCCGUAGUCGGACCUUGAUUGUAUUUGGAUGUUGUAAUGCUUUAUUCAUGUAUUUGUGUGAAGUGACGAUUGUGAUCCAA